AUGGCGGAGCCUACCAACCACGAUCUUAUCAUCGCCCUCCGAAAGGAGGUGGAAGAGAUGCGAGAAGAGAGAGCUCGGGCAAAAGCUGAAAAAGAAAAACGAGCAAGGGAGGUAGUUCCAGUCUUGAAUAUGUUUAGUCAUGGUAACAUUGUGGACAUUCCUGCAGGUCCGCAGAUAGAGGCCAACAACUUCAAGUUGGGGAUACCCUUAAUCAAUAGGGUUGAACAAAAUGCCUUCGCAGGAAGAGACACCGAGGACGCAAAUCGACAUCUCACCAAGUUCGUGGAAAUAGCUAAUACAAUCAAGAUCAAUGGUGUUGAUGAUGAUAUUGUGAGGGUAAGACUUUUUCCCUUUUCCUUAACUGAUGCUGCUAAAGAAUGGUAUGAUUGUCUGCCUGCAGAUAAAACCACCAAUUGGAAGGAUCUAGUGGUCUCUUUCUCGACAAGAUCCGAUGAGCCUCUAUAUGAAGCUCUCGCACGUUUCAAAGCUCUUCUCCGCAAGUGCCCAAACCAUGGUUUUGGAAUAGACCAUCAGGUAGGAAUCCUUUAUAAUGGGUUUAACGAAAAAAUCUCUAGUUUGUUGGAUUCAGGGGCGAAUGGGGGAUUCUUGAGGAAAGGAGGAGUUGCUGCUAUGGAGGUAAUAGAGGAAUUAGCCACAAACAGUCAAGGUUGGUCCAAGGAAAAACACAAAGCUGAAAGGCUAGAUGCAGUGAAGAAACCAUGUGGGAAUGAGACAUCCCAAGAAUUGGCAUUCAUCAGAGCAAGACUUGAAAAAUUAGAAGCUCCAGGCAAAGAGGGGAAUGUCAUCAAAGAUGUCAAAUAUGUCCAAAAUGGGGGUGAUCCCAACAGGCUUUAUAAUAAUAAUUAUCGCCCUAAUCAGGGGGGUGGGUUCAAUCUAGGCAAAGAAAAAGGAGUGGAGCCACCUACCAAGGAAGACAAAUAUGAGGCUGGCAUCCAAAAGAUCUUGGAGCUAAUGUUAGAGGAUAGAAAGAACAACGAGACCAAGAUGGGAGUUGUAGAGGAAAGACUGACCAAGCUUGAAUCUGGGUUAAACACUGUUGUCUCCACUAUGUCCAUCAUUAAGUUACAAAUGGAUCAAUUCCAAAAGAAGGUAGUGGAGGAUAAAGGCAAGGCUGUUGCCAAGGUUGUCGGUAUCAACAAGGAUGAAGCCAGCACCUCCGGAACGAGUUUUGGGGACUGUCCGACACCCAGCGGACCACCGCAUACGUUGCAGCGGGCCGCCACUGGGGCACAGUUUGGAUCCUGCCCAACGCCUGGCGGACCGCCGCAAACCCCACAAUGGCCCGCCACUGAAGAGGCAGAGGCGCCCGCCAAGAAGGAACUCGUGCGGCACAAUGGGAUUGUACUCCCCUUCCAGCCGAGGAAGCCGUUCAAGCUUGAAGAGCAAUUCCGACAAUUCUUAAAUAUGUUCUGUAAAUGUCAUACUAACCUCCCUCUUGUUGAUGCAUUGCAGGAAAUACCUAGGUAUGCCAAGCUCUUGAGAGAGGCGGUGAUGAAAAAGCAAAAGCUCCAGAAAUCUGAUCUAAAGCUACCUCUUCACUGUAGUGAUAUCAUCCAAAAGCAAAGGACUGUCAAGCAGAGGGACCCUGGCCAAUUCAUCAUUCGCUGUUCCAUUGGGAAUGGUAAGGUAGACAAGGCUCUUUGUGAUCUUGGAGCUAGCGUCAACAUAAUGCCAUUGGAGUACUACGAGAAGCUCAACAUCGGGCCGCUCAAAUCCACAGAUACCUGCUUAAGGAUGGCCGAUAACACUGCGGUAAAUGCGGUAGGGGUAAUUGAGGAUGUGUUAGUAAAGGUUGAUGACUUCAUAUUCCCUGCCGAUUUCUUUGUUUUAGACAUGAAAGUUGAUAAACAAGUUCCUCUAAUUUUAGGCAGAAAUUUUCUAGCCACAUGCAAAGCUCUUAUUGAUGUAGGUAGAGGAGAAAUCACGAUAAGUGACCAUGGAGGAAAGUCGACCUACAACAUCGAAAGCGCGAUGCUUAAGUAUGAAGAGGCGAAACAAGCUAAGAUGGAGCAUGAUUGCAGGGAGGUCAUGGUGACCGAUUUGUCUAAGCCUUAUGAUCCAUUUGGAGGGGAAGAUCUUUCUAACCCUACUAUUUUCAUUGUUAACACUUUACCUCAAGCUCCUAAAAAGGGCGAGCCUAAUCCUACUAAGCCUACCUUGCAGGAAAAGCCCAAGAGAAAGAAGAGGAAGAAGACUCCACCUCAAGAUGACCCCGAAAUCUACGUGAUCAAAACCUCGAAUGGAAAAUUCAAAUGGUGGAAGAAAGUUCUCAACAAGUUGGUUCCAUUCGCGGUGGCAGAGACUAAGAUUGUUGGUACAAAGGCAUCCCAAAGGAAUCCUCACGAUGGGGGAUAA